CCAAAAGAAAUCUCUGGAACUUUCUGGGUCGACAACAUGAAUCUUUCACUUCAAAUCUUUUCAACAAUAAACUACAGGGACCUAGCACAACCUCCAUUACAUUAUGUAUUUUAUGCACCAAAAGUUCCUACUGCAGCUGCUAAUUAACCAUACUAUAACUCAAGCAUUGAAAUAACAUUAUAUUUAUUUCACCUUUUGAUUUCUGUUUUUGCAUGCAACCAUGUCCACCAUCGUUGAGAAUAACGGUGCCGUUUGUUACUAUUCAGUGCUUGGGAUUGGAAAAAAUUCCACCGAUCACGAAAUUCGAUGUGCUUAUCGUAAGAUGGCUCUGAAGUGGCAUCCCGAUAGGUGGAUGAAGGACCCAAAGCUAGCGGUAGAAGCCAAAAAGCGAUUUCAGUGUGUUCAAGAGGCUUAUUCAGUUUUGUCCAAUAAAGGGAAGAGAAGGAUAUAUGAUGCUGGCUUGUUUGGUCUGAUUGGAGAGGACGAUGAUGAGGGAUUUGUUGAUUUCAUGCAAGAAAUGGCCUUGAUGAUGCAGAAUGUCAGAACCAAGCUGUUUCAGGUUCCCCAGCUCCAGGGUGGAGUGGGACAAUAAACUGCCACAUGGAUGAAAUUGGUGGCCACUCGCAAUCCAUCAGAUUUAGUCAAGCAUAGCUGUCUAGCAACGGUGAAAAGGAAGAAAAAGCGGAAGAAUCAAGACAACUCACCUAACAUUUGGACACCAACCUUUAAUCCUUGUUCAUCAAAAUCUAACUCCUAAUAUUCCUGUCCUCAAAUUAGUUCAAGAUUGGCUAUGCAUGUCGUGACAAGAAGAAAAAAACGUUAUAGAAUUCAAAGCUAAUAAAUUCCAUCACCAUGCAUGCUUCUGUUA